UGUUCUGGCAAGACUGAAGACCAAGGAGAGAAAAGGGGAUGGAAAAAUCAGCCCAACAGUCUCCAGCACCAACACUCACUGACUAGCACAGGCUGAGCAGCCAGACCCAGAGUCAUUGACCGUGGGCCCGGCUUGUCCUGGUUGGCCCAGUCAGCCUCCGGAGUAUGGUCUGGCUGGGGCCCCCUUUGCUGCUCGUCAUCAUCUUCCUGGCUUCUCAUGUUGGUGCUGCGGUGGACCUGACGCUGCUGGCCGACCUGCGCCGCACGGAGCCACACCGGUUCUACCUGACCUGCGUGUCCGGGGAGGUGGGCGCGGGCAGGGGCUCCGAUGCCUGGGGCCAGGCCUUGGUGCUGGAGAAAGACGACCGCAUCGUGCGCACACCCCGGCCCCGGCAGCCACCGCAGCUGGCUCUCAACGGCUCACAGCGGAUCACGCUGAGCGGCUUCUCCAAGCCCUCAGACCUGGUGGGGGUCUUCUCCUGCGUGGGCGGCACCGGGGCCCGACGCACCAGCAUCCUUUACGUGCACAACAGCCCGGGAGCCCAGCUGCUCCCCGACAAAGUCACACACACGGUGAACAAAGGCGACACAGCUGUGCUUUCCGCGCGUGUGCUCAAGGAGAAGCAGACAGAUGUGAUCUGGAAGAGCAACGGAUCCUACUUCUAUACCCUGGACUGGCAUGAUGCCCAGGAUGGGCGGUUCCUGCUGCAGCUCCCAAAUGCACAGCCACCACUGAGCGGCAUCUACAGUGCCACCUACCUGGAAGCCAGCCCCCUGGGCAGCGCCUUCUUUCGGCUCAUCGUGCGGGGCUGUGGGGCAGGGCGCUGGGGACCAGGCUGUACCAAGGAAUGCCCAGGCUGCCUGCAUGGAGGUGUCUGCCAUGACCAGGACGGCGAGUGUGUGUGCCCCCCGGGAUUCACUGGUACCCACUGUGAGAAAGCCUGCAGAGAGGGCCGUUUUGGGCAGAGCUGCCAGGAGCAGUGCCCAAGCACGUCAGGCUGCCGGGGCCUCACCUUCUGCCUCCCAGACCCCUACGGUUGUUCUUGUGCCUCUGGCUGGAGAGGAAGCCAGUGUCAGGAAGCCUGUGCCCCUGGCCAUUUUGGGGCUGAUUGCAGCCUCCAGUGCCAGUGUCAGAAUGGCGGCACUUGUGACCGCUUCAGUGGCUGUGUGUGCCCCUCCGGGUGGCAUGGAGCACACUGUGAGAAGUCAGACCGGAUUCCCCAGAUCCUAGAUGUGGCCUCAGAACUGGAGUUCAACUUGGGGACGGUGCCCCGUAUCAACUGUGCAGCUGCUGGGAACCCCUUCCCAGUACCGGGCAACAUGGAGCUCCACAAGCCAGACGGCACCGUCCUACUGUCUACCAAGGCCAUUGUGGAGCCAGAUAGGACUACAGCUGAGUUCGAGGUGCCACGUUUGACUCUUGGAGACAGUGGGCUCUGGGAAUGCCGUGUGUCCACCUCUGGUGGUCAAGACAGCCAGCGCUUCAAGGUCAAUGUCAAAGUGCCCCCGGUGCCCCUGACUGCUCCUAGGCUCCUGGCCAAGCAGAGCCGCCAGCUCGUGGUGUCCCCGCUGGUGUCCUACUCUGGGGAUGGACCCAUUACCUCUGUCCGCCUGCACUACCAGCCUCAGGACAGCGCCGUGGCCUGGUCUGCCAUUGUGGUGGACCCCAGUGAGAACGUGACGUUAAUGAACCUCAGGCCGAAGACAGGAUACAAUGUCCUUGUGCAGCUGAGCCGACCAGGGGAAGGAGGGGAGGGGGCCUGGGGGCCUCCCACCCUCAUGACCACAGACUGUCUUGAGCCCUUGUUGCAACCAAGGCUGGAGGGCUGGCAUGUGGAGGGCCCUGACCGGUUGCGAGUGAGCUGGUCCUCACCCUCGGUGCCUGGGCCACUGGUGGGCGAUGGUUUCCUGCUGCGCCUGUGGGACAGGGCACGGGGACAGGAGCAGCAGGAGAAGGUCUCAUCCCCCCAGGCUCGCCCCGCCCUCCUGACCAGACUCAUGCCUGACACCCACUACCUCCUGGAUGUGCGCUACCACUGCACCCUCCUGGGCCCUGCGAGCCCUGCCUUUCCAUCCCAUCUCUCAGGGCCCCCAGCCCCCCGGCACCUCUAUGCAAAGGCCCUCUCAGACUCUGAGAUCCAGCUGACGUGGCAGCGCCCGGAGGCUCUGGCUGGACCUAUAUCCAAGUAUAUCGUGGAGGUGCAGGUGGCUGGGGGCUCAGGAGACCCACUGUGGAUGGAUGUGGACCGGCCAGAGGAGACCAGCACCAUCGUCCGCAGCCUCAAUGCCAGCACACGCUACUUCUUCCGUGUGCGGGCCAGUGUCCAGGGUCCCGGUGACUGGAGCAAUAUUGCAGAAGAGUCCACCCUGGGCAAUGGGCUUCAGAGUGAGGGCCCAGUCCAAGAGAUCCGGGCAGCUAAAGAGGGCCUAGAUCAACAGCUGAUCCUGGCCGUGGUGGGCUCCAUGUCUGCCACCUGCCUCACCAUCCUCGCCGCCCUCCUAGCCCUGGUGUGCAUCCGCAGAAGCUGCCUGCACCGCAGACGCACCUUCACCUACCAGUCAGGAUCGGGCGAGGAGACCAUCCUGCAGUUCAGCUCAGGUACCUUGACGCUGACCCGAAGACCAAAACCACAGCCAGAGCCUCUGAGUUACCCGGUGCUGGAGUGGGAGGACAUAACCUUUGAGGACCUCAUCGGGGAAGGAAACUUUGGCCAGGUCAUCCGGGCCAUGAUCAAGAAGGACGGGCUCAAGAUGAAUGCAGCCAUCAAGAUGCUGAAAGAAUAUGCCUCUGAAAAUGACCAUCGUGACUUUGCGGGAGAACUAGAAGUUCUGUGCAAAUUGGGGCAUCACCCCAAUAUCAUCAACCUCUUAGGAGCCUGCGAGAACCGAGGUUACUUGUAUAUUGCAAUUGAAUAUGCCCCCUAUGGGAACCUGCUAGAUUUUCUGCGGAAAAGCCGGGUCCUGGAAACAGACCCAGCUUUUGCUCGAGAACAUGGAACGGCCUCCACCCUCAGCUCCCGGCAGCUGCUGCGCUUUGCCAGUGAUGCUGCCAACGGCAUGCAGUACCUGAGUGAGAAGCAGUUCAUCCACAGGGACCUGGCUGCCCGAAAUGUUCUGGUCGGAGAGAACCUGGCCUCCAAGAUUGCCGACUUUGGCCUUUCUCGUGGGGAGGAGGUCUAUGUGAAGAAGACCAUGGGGCGUCUCCCUGUGCGCUGGAUGGCCAUCGAGUCCCUGAACUACAGCGUCUAUACCACCAAGAGUGACGUCUGGUCCUUUGGGGUACUCCUCUGGGAGAUCGUGAGCCUUGGGGGCACACCCUACUGUGGCAUGACCUGUGCUGAGCUCUAUGAGAAGCUGCCUCAGGGAUACCGCAUGGAGCAGCCUCGGAACUGUGAUGAUGAAGUAUAUGAGCUGAUGCGUCAGUGCUGGCGGGACCGUCCGUAUGAGCGACCCCCCUUUGCCCAGAUUGCAUUGCAGCUGGGCCGAAUGCUGGAAGCCAGGAAGGCCUAUGUGAACAUGUCGCUGUUUGAGAACUUCACUUAUGCGGGCAUCGACGCUACAGCUGAAGAGGCCUGAGCUGCCAUCCAGGCAGACUGGCUCUGCUGGCCAGAGCCAACCGCUCUCCAACCUAUGACUUCUGAUCCUUGAGCUGCCUCAAGGAUUUGGUUUUUAACUUAAGGAAGAAAAGAAGGGAUCCAGGGAAGGGAUGGACUUAGGGGAAUGGGGUCCUUAUCCUUUGAAGUUGCUCCCCUGCCUCCUGCACUGCUCUUACAGCUACUGCACAUCCUUCCUUCUAGGUCGCCUGCUCCACAGAUGUGCUCCUCUUCUCCCGCACUCAAACCCCUGCUUCUGCUCCUCCACCCAGGCCACCGC